AUGUCCCAAAGUAAAAGUGCUGCUUAUGACUAUCUUAUAAAACUUCUGUUGAUAGGAGAUUCAGGUGGAAUACUAACCUUCAUACGUUCUUCAUGGAUAGGUGUUGGUAAAAGCUGCUUGUUGCUUCGUUUUUCUGAUGAUUCCUUCACUCCGUCCUUUAUCACUACCAUUGGUAUCGAUUUUAAAAUCCGAACGAUCGAAUUAGACGGCAAACGAAUCAAACUUCAAAUUUGGGAUACAGCUGGACAAGAACGUUUCCGCACUAUCACUACCGCUUAUUAUCGGGGUGCUAUGGGUAUACUUUUAGUAUACGAUGUUACCGACGAACGUUCUUUCAAUAAUAUAAGAAAUUGGUUCUCCAAUAUAGAACAACACGCCAGUGAAGGAGUUAAUAAAAUUCUUAUUGGAAACAAAUGCGAUUGGGUUGAAAAGAAGGCAAUUACCAAAGAACAAGGUCAGGAACUUGCCGAUGAAUUUGGUAUCAAGUUUUUGGAAACUAGUGCCAAGGCCAACAUCAAUGUCGAAGAAGCAUUCUUUACUUUGGCCAGGGAUAUUAAGAAGAGAUUAAUUGAUACACAUGCCCAACAAGAACAUGAUGCUCACAAGAGACCUGAUGUGGAUAUUAAAUCCCAAAAAGCUUCCACCAGCG